AUGGGUGGCCAAUUCAGCAAGAUGAUGGGCAAGAUCUUUGGAUCCAAGGAGAUGCGACUUUUGAUGUUGGGUCUCGACGCCGCUGGAAAGACGACCAUUCUGUACAAGCUCAAGCUUGGCCAGGACGUGACGACGAUUCCCACCGUCGGCUUCAACGUCGAGACGGUGACGUACAAGAAUGUCAAGUUCAAUGUCUGGGAUGUUGGUGGUCAGGACAAGAUUCGUCCCCUUUGGAGACACUACUUUAGCGGAACCCAGGGCUUGAUCUUUGUCAUUGACUCAUCCGAUCGCGCCAGAAUCGAAGAGGCCAAGCAGGAGCUGCACCGCAUCAUCAACGACCGAGAAAUGAAGGACAGUCUGCUCUUGGUGUUUGCAAACAAGCAAGACAUUCGAGAUGCCAUGAAACCACAAGAAGUUACCGAUGCCCUACAACUCAACAAGCUCAAGGACAAGGUCUGGUACGUUGUGCCAUCUUGCGCAACCACGGGAGAAGGUCUGCUCGAAGGUCUUGCCUGGCUCUCCAACAAUGUCAAGGCACCUCCAGCACCUGCCAAGAAGUAG